AUGAAUUCGAUUUCAUUUUUUGUGAAUGGUAAAGAAAUAAUUGAUUGUAAUGUUGAACCUGAAUGGACUGUUCUUUGGUAUUUAAGAAAUAAAUUAAGACUAACUGGUUCAAAAUUAGGUUGUGGUGAAGGUGGCUGUGGUGCAUGUACAGUUCUUAUUUCGCAAUGUAUUGAUCGAGAAUCUGGUGAAAUUGAACAUCGUACAAUAAAUGCUUGUUUAGCACCUUUAUGUUCUAUUGACGGAUGUCAUAUUAUUACUGUUGAAGGUUUAGGUUCAGUAAAUAAAUCAAAUCUUCAUUCUGUUCAAACUCGUCUUGGUGAAUUAUCAGCUUCACAAUGUGGAUUUUGUACACCAGGAAUGGUUAUGUCACUUUAUGGCACACUUAUAUCAAAAGAUAAUAUUUUACCAACUAUACAUGAUAUUGAAGAAUCUUUUGAUGGAAAUCUUUGUCGAUGUACUGGAUAUCGUCCAAUUCUUGAUGCUGCAAAAACAUUUGCAUGUGAUAUUGAUAAACUUUAUCAUGAAAAAUCAUUAUCAUUAUCAUCAACAACAUUUGAUAAAUGUUCUUCAUAUAUUCAAAAAAAUUCUUCUCCAAUUAAUAAAAUCGAAUUUCCUUCCAAACUUCUAAAUUACAUUCCUCAAUCAAUUCAUAUUAAAGGUUCAAUUGAUUGGUAUCGUCCAGUAUCUCUUCAUGAAUUACUCAAUCUUCGUCAUACAUAUCCAGGUAAUCAAUCAAAACUUAUUUUUGGUAAUACAACAGUACAAAUAGAAAGAAAAUAUAGAAAGAUUCAUUCAUCUCGUUUAAUUUCUAUCACUCAUAUAAAAGAAUUACAAGAAAUAAAACGAACAAAAGAUUCAAUAUAUUUUGGUGCUGGUAUUACAUUUACACAUUUAAAAUCAAAAUUAAUUGAAUGGAAUAAUGAUAAUGAUCAUUUUUCUAAAGCUUUACUUCAUCAAUUAAAACAUUUUGCAUCAACACAAAUACGAAAUGUUGCUUCACUUGGUGGAAAUAUUAUUGCUGCUUCACCAAUUUCUGAUAUUAAUCCAAUAUUAGAAACUGCAGGUGCAAUACUUGAAUUACAUCGUGCUGAUCAAACAGAAGUACGACGUAUUUUAUUAAGUGAUUUUUAUCUUGGUGAUCGUCGUGUUUCAAUGGCUGAUAAUGAAGUACUUGUUGGUAUUCAUAUUCCUCUACCAAAUUCAUCAACAAAUAAAUUUUUUCUUCAAUCAUAUAAACAAGCUCGUCGUCGUGAUGAUUCAAAAGGAAUUGUUAGUGGUGGAUUUCAAGUUGAACUUGAACAAACGAAUUUAGAUAAUAAUCAAUGGAAAAUUGUUUCAAUUUGUUUUUCAUUUGGUGGAAUGGCAUCGAAAACAAUUCAAGCAAAGCAUACUCAACAACAACUAAUUGGAUUACCUUGGACAAAAGAAACAAUUAAUCAAACAUAUCAAUUACUUCUUGGUGAAAUGCCACUUGAUGAAUUAAGUCAAGGCGGUCAAAUUGAAUACAGACGAACAUUAGUUCAAUCAUUUCUUUUUAAAUUCUAUUCUUAUGUAUGUAAUGAAUUACGUCAAUCAAUCAAUGAUUUAAGUAUUCUUGAUUAUAAUCGACCAAUAUCUCAUGCUCAACAAACAAUACCAGAACGACCUCAAACACAAAAAGUUGUUGGUAAACCAUUACCACAUCGAUCAACUUAUUUACAUACAACUGGCGAAGCUGUUUAUGUUGAUGAUAUGCCAUCUUUAGUCAAUACACUUCAUGCUGCACUUGUACUUAGUACAAAACCAAAUGCUCGAAUAAAACAUAUUGACAUUGAAGCUGCUUCGAAAGUUCCUGGUUUCGUAGAAUUUGUUGAUCAUCGAGAUGUACCAGGUACGAAUAAACCAAAUGGUCCACUACCUGAUGAAGAAGUAUUUGUAACUUCAAUUGCACUUUGUAUUGGUGCAAUUAUUGGUGUUGUUAUUUGUGAAACAGAACACGCAGCUCAAAUAGCUGCAGAUCUAGUUAAAAUUGAUUAUGAAUUAUUAUCACCAACAAUUUUAUCAAUUGAUGAUGCUAUUAAUCAUGAAUCUUAUUUUGGUAAUGAAACAUGUCUUCAGCGAGGUGAUGUUGAAAAAGCUUUUGCUGAUGCUGAACAUAUACUAGAAGAAACAAUUUAUAUUGGUGGUCAAGAACAUUUCUAUAUGGAAACAAAUUCUUGUAUAGUUAUACCAUCACAUGAUGAUAAUGAAAUAACAAUACAUGCAGGUGUACAAAGUCCAUUGGCAGUUCAACAAACAGCUUCAUUAGUACUUAAUCGAGAUGUUAGCCGUAUAAUAUGUCAUGUCAAACGAAUAGGUGGUGCAUUUGGUGGAAAAGAAUCGAGAGCUUUACCACAUUGUCUAGCUAUUGCAGUAGCUGCUGUCAAAGUAAAUCGUCCUGUUCGUAUUAAUCUUGAUCGUUAUACUGAUAUACGUAUAACUGGACAUCGACAUCCAUAUAAAAUAAAAUAUAAAGUUGGAUUUACUAAAGAAGGUCGACUUUUAGGACUUGAUAUUCAUAUGUGGAAUAAUGCAGGUUGUACAUUGGAUGCGUCACAAGCUGUAAUGGAACUAGGCAUGCUUCAUAUGGGUAAUACUUAUCAAUUUCAUAAUAUUAAAAUUCAUGGUCGUGUUUGUAAAACACAUACAUCAUCAAAUACUGCUUUUCGUGGUUUUGGUGGACCACAAUCAGUAUUAGGUUGUGAAACAAUUAUUGAACAUAUUGCUGCAUAUCUUAAAUGUGAUCCAUUUAGUAUUCGUACUCUUAAUCUAUUUCAAGAAGGUGAUAUGACUCAUUAUGGACAAAUUUUAGAAAAUUGGAAUGUUCCAAGAAUAUUGAAUGAACUUAAAAUAUCAAGUGAUUUUAUUCAAAGACAAAUUAAUGUUCAAGAAUUUAAUCAACAAAAUAUCUAUCGAAAACGUGGUAUAUCACUGAUACCAGUUAAAUUUGGUAUUGGAUUUUCCGUUCAAUAUUAUAAUCAAGCAGGAGCUCUUGUUCAUAUAUACCAAGAUGGUUCUGUAGUUCUUACUCACGGAGGAGUCGAAUUAGGACAAGGUUUGCAUACAAAAAUGAUAUCAAUAGCUGCUGAAGUAUUAGGUUGUAAUCUUGAUCGUAUACGAAUUAGUGAAACAUCAACUGAUAAAAUACAUAAUAUGAGUCCAACAGGUGGAUCAGUUUCGGCUGAUCUUAAUGGAAUGGCUAUAAAACAUGCUUGUGAACAACUUCGUCAACGAUUAGAUACACUUAUUGUUGAUAACAAUGAUAAUAUAUCAUGGGAAAAACUUAUUGACAAAGCGUAUUAUGCUCGUAUUGAUUUAUGUGCACGUGGAUUCUAUAUAACACCUAAUAUGUUCGAUGCUGAUUUUAGUCAAAAUAAAGCUACGUAUAAUUAUUUUUCACAAGGUGCAGCAGUAACAGAAGUUGAAUUAGAUGUAUUAACAGGUAGUUGGCAUCUUUUACGUGCUGAUAUUCUUAUGGAUGUUGGUACAUCACUCAAUCCUGAAAUCGAUAUUGGACAAAUUGAAGGUGGUUUCAUGCAAGGAAUGGGUUUGUAUACUAUGGAAGAACUUAUUUGGGGUGAUUAUACAAAUAAUAAAUGGAUAGAACCAGGAGAAUUAUUUACUAGUGGACCAGAUACUUAUAAAAUACCAUCAUUUAGUGAUACUCCAAUUGAUUUUCGUGUUUCACUUUUAUCUAAUUCGUUUAAUCCACGAGCUGUUUAUUCGUCAAAAGGUAUUGGUGAACCACCAUUCGUACUUGGUAUAUCUGCUUU